AUGAGGAUAGCCUUGGACGUACCAGAUGAGGUGCAAUUGUCUACUUGCCCGAUCAUCAUCAUCGGCGCCUCGAUAGCCGGACUGACGCUGGCACAUGCUCUGAAGAAGGCCAACAUAUCCUGCAUUGUCUUCGAAUCCGAUCCCACCGAGCUGCAUUCUUCGAUGCUGCGCCAACGAGCUGUCACGGUUGAUUGGGCUUUGAAGGAUUUCAAAUCUUGCUUGCUACCAUACGUCUUUCAAAAUCUGAGGGCUUCGAAGGUUACCCCACGACAAGAGGAUACCUAUCCUUUCUUUAGCCUUCCUUCUGCUACCGGAGCACAUUUUGAAAACUCUCAGAAAAUGCUCAGAAUACAAAAAGGGAGGAUUUGGAUGUUGUUGACCGGUAUCCUGAAUCCGAAAACAUCGAAUAACAGUUUGGAUAUUCGAUGGGGGCACAAAUUAACCGGUAUUUCUCAUGUACCCCCUGAGGACAACACCGCAAAGCCUAUCGUCAUUGCACACUUCGAAAAUGUGAAUUCGCAGCUGGGAUCACUCGUGGUUGGCGCGGAUGGAACAUUUUCGAGUGUAAGAGAUAUACUAUUCAAUAGUAAGGACGAAGGCCGAGCACAGCCAUCACAGUAUCGCAUGCUAGAGAUGAUCACCGACCUACCUUCAGAGCUGGCUCAAUGGGUCUUCAAAAAGAACCUUUACUUGAUCCAAAACUCACAACCGGCUAGUGGAAUCUGCGGCUCCUUUUCGACUACUGGACUAUAUUGGAGAAACGAUGAGUCUUUCUUCAAUGUGUGUAUCAGAUUGAGUUGGAAACACCAGACCUUCCCUGAUUUUGAUUUCUCCAUACUUACCGGAAACUGGCCAAAAGCAGAUAUUGCUCAGCAAUUGGAAACUUUUGCAGAGCAUUUUUGCAAACGCCUCGGAGACAUGAUCGAGGGAGUCGGGGACAACUACUGGAAGGAUGAAGUCUAUGCGAGAAAAGUCAACCUCGAUAUCUGGGAGCCACGCAAAUAG